AUGGAAGAGCAGCACCAUGUUUGUCCAUUGGAUUUCAAACCCACAAAUCCAGGAAUUCAAGUGGACAUCCCUGACGAAUUCGACGAACUGGCAGCUCUGAUGCUGUUCGUGCCCGAUGACUUCUGGGAUACCAUCGCUACAGAGAGCAACAGGUAUUACAGGCAGAAGAAGAAAGCUGCUGUGAAACCUGACAUAACACCCGCGGAGGCUCGCACAUACAUCGGCAUCAUGAUACUGCUCGGCCUAAGCCCGCCACACAGCCUCAGAACACCAUGGAAAUGCGACUCUACAUUCAGAAAUGACGUCAUCUCAUCAUGCAUGACAUACUCACGCUUCAACCACAUCCACAGCAACUUUCACCUUGUAGACAAUUCGACACUUCCACCAAAGGACACAAUUGCUUACAAAACAGCCCGUAUAGCUCCACUACUCCACACGCUGAAAGACAGAUGCCUCUCCGUAUACAAGGCCAAAACUCAUCAACUAUCUGUCGAUGAGGGGAGCAUGGGGUGGAAGGGUAACAGCAGCAUGCGGCAGUAUAAUCCAAACAAGCCCCACAAGUAUCACAUCAAGUCAUACAAACUUGUGGAGACAAGUACGGGAUACUUGUCCAACAUUAUACUGCACGACACAACCUCCCGCACUGUGGAUGAGGUUGUCCUUACACUGCUGGACGAGUCACCCUACAAUAAGCAUGAAGGAUACGCUGUGUUCACGGACAGGUUUUACACCUCACCCGACCUCUUCUGGCACUUGCGAACUGUUGAUGGUUACGACGCAACAGGGAUCUGCAUGUCAAAUCGUCAUCAGUUCCCUCCUGAGCUCAAGUGCGCCAAAGGCAAGUCCAAGAAGGGGAGGUCCAGCUACAUCGCCACACAUGGAGAUGACAAUUUGGUUGCAAUGCGGUGGAGGGAUGCAAAGGAUGUCUUCAUGUUAUCAACCGAGGAGACUGCUGACCUGAUAGAAUGUGACAGCCAGCGGUCGUUUGAAGAAAAUGAAUACAUCAAUGUUUACGCUAUACAAUAA